GAGUCGUCGACAGGAGCGCGCCCUCGGCUUGCGCGCCGAAACGUGUUGUCGCGGGGAGCUUUCGCAGGACGCGCCUCCGAACGCUUGUAAACAACCGCACCACGUGACGUGCCCGCGAGCCGCAUUGUCCGCGGGUGCACAAAGCGCCAGGCCAGAUGAGCGUAGCGGGUGGUCCGCCGACCCACCUGAGGAGGUCCUGCCGCUUGCCCGUCGUCCGACGCAGCUCUCUGGGAGUGUUGUCGGGCCACUUCGGCUCCCCGUCACGGCUCCAAACUCGGGCCGGGGAAACGUCGCCAGGCUUCGGUAUGUUUUCGGCUGACGAAUGUGAGAACAAAGCCGCGUAGACUUUGAUCUCUUCCCCCCCCCCCCCAAAAAAGAGAAAAUCAGCCUGCCCGCUUUGCGCGCCGCUAGCUUACAAGGUCUUAUUGUCUAGCCUGUCCCCGGCUAACACCGGCUAGCCGUUGCCCCUUUUAGCGUCGACGUCAGAGACGGUGUGUUUUUGUUUUUUUCUUCUUCUCUUGUCGGGACUAAGCUAACUUUACUCGACUUUGCUCUCCCCCCCCUCGGCGGACAAUGUCGUUCACGAUGGAGGAGUCCUUGGAGUCCGGGUGGGUGUCCGUUCGCCCCAACGUGUUCGACGAGAAAGAGAGGCACAAAUUCGUCUUCAUCGUGGCGUGGAACGAGAUCGAGGGCAAGUUCGCCAUAACGUGCCACGACCGGACAAUACAGAGGCAGACCACCUUCGGGGACUCGCUCCUCGGCCGUCCCCCCGCACGCCCCGGCCCCGCGGCCCCCGUGGCGGAGAACGGCCUCGGCAAGAGAAAAGAGGAAAUCGGCCCGGUUGCGCACGGGGGGUCGAACCCCGGGCCCGCAGGAAACGGUGCGGCGGAGACCCGAGCUGACGAGAAGAAACGUCUCACGCCGGAGUGCGUGAGCAAAGCGGUGGGUUCGUGGGAUUUGGUGACAGCCAAGGUGAUGGACGUGGAGGUGUUGGAGCCGCUCUCGGCAGACGAUGGGGGCCGGGGGGGAGGCGAGGCUGGCCGCGAGGACUACAGCUGGGCCGGGCUGUUCUCGUUCCAGGACAUGAGGGCGGCCCACCUUCACCUCUGCGCCGUCAACUCCGACCUGGAGCCGUGCCUGCCCCCGUUCCCCGAGGAGCAGUCCGGCAUGUGGACCGUGCUGUUCGGCGCGCCUGAGAUGUCGCAGCGGGAGACGGACGCGCUGUGCUACCAGCUGCAGGUGUACCUGGGCCAUGCCCUGGACACCUGCGGCUGGAAGAUACUCUCGCAGGUGCUGUUCUCCGAGAGCGACGACACGGACGAGUAUUACGAGAACCUGAGCGAGCUGAGGCGGAAAGGGUACGAGGAUGCUCUGGAGAGGGCCAAGAGAUAUCUCCAAGAGCUGUUGGAGAAGCAUCGUGCCAUGGACAGCAUGGUUGAGCUGCUACAAGUCUACCCCGAGGAAGACGAGGCCUACGGAGACCUUAUGGAGGCCACCACUCAGCUCUACCACUACCUGCUUCAGCCGUUUAGAGACAUGAGGGAACUGGCCAUGCUCUGCAGACAGCAGAUCAAGAUUUCUUUAGAGACGGAGCGCCUGGGUCCUCGUCGUGUGGAGAGCCUGAGGAAGGAGGACGAAGAGUGGCAGAGGAAGGCUCACGCGGCCGUGCUCUCCAUACAGGACCUGACCGUCAAGUUCUUCGAGACGACAAGCCGAGCGCAGAAAGCCAUGUUCGACCGGAUGCGUGCGGACCAGAAGAAGAUCGGCAGGUCGGCCUGGGCGGCGGCAGUGGGUCGCAUGGAGCGGCUGCAGUAUGCCGUUUCCAAAGAGACGCUCCAGCUGAUGAGGGCCAAGGAGAUCUGCCUGGAGCAGAGAAAACAAAAGCUACGGGAGGAGAUGCAAAAUCUACAGGACGGGGAGGAUGCGAUGCUGCGCCUGGACCAGCUGGAGGCACUUUACUAUGAGUUGCAGCUGCAGUUGUAUGACAUUAAGGCGGAGGUGCUGUGCUGCGAGGAGCUGCUUCUGACUGCCCAGCUGCAGAGUCUGCGGAGGCAAAUGACAGCAGAGCAACAGGACGAGGUGGUGUAUUACGACGCCUAUGAGAGCACUGACGCCAUGCAAGGUAUAGAGGACCCGGGGACACCCCCAACGCCACUCCGAGAUGAAGACCUCAGCCUUCUGCAGCAGAAGACACGACAGCUGGAGGCCCGCAGGGGACGCAUAACCGCCAAGAAAGCCUACCUCAAAAAUAAGAAGGAAAUCUGUAUUGUCAAUCAUAAUCAGAAGAUGCAGCAGCGCCAAGGUGGCCAUGACGACAGCGAGCCCCUCCGGCAACUGCAGCAGGGAGGUGAAGCUCAUGAAGAGGAGGAGCUGAAGAGAAAUGCACAAGUGAGUCUGGAGAGACAGAGGACCCUGGACAGGCUUCGUAACCUCAGACAGCGUUAUCCAGGGCAAGUGACUCUCAAGUCCAGCAGAUUGCGUCUGAGCCAGACUCACACCAGGAGAAGAGCGGGAGCUUCUCUUUUACCAGCAGAGAGAACAGGGCAGCCCAGCACGCAGGUGGCCAGCGUUCAGACUGACAGUACCUUAGACCUUCCAGAGCUUUCUGCACCACCUGAUGCCUGUGACAGCGAGAGUGUGUCCUUGCCACCAGUAGGACCCACUGCUCUUGAGGGUCUCGACUCUUUCCCUCCCUUUACCUCUUUGCCUCCUCUCGCAGUUGUCUCUCACCCUGCUCCCUCGACCAGUCUCUCCUUGGUCCCUCCCCCACCUCCACCACCACCACCUCCUCCUCCUCCACCACCACCCACUUCCUCCUCAGAUGGUCAGCUGGGGGAGAGAAGGGAAUGUGAUUCCCCAGGCAGCCCGGUGCAACACCCCAAAGCUGGGUCUGAGUCUCCUCCACUGCCACUGGCUCCCUUUUCCCCCCGCUUCUUUGACAGCAGCCAACUGCUUACAGCAAGGAAGAAGCUAAGGAAAACGACAUCCCUGGACUCUUCACAGUGGAGAAGAGCGAGUUCACCCAUGGAUGAGGUGCUAGCUUCUUUGAAACGUGGCAGUUUCCACCUAAGAAAGGCUGAGCUCCGGGUACUAGCCCCUGACCCAGAUGAUGAUGACAGCAACAACAUCCUCGCCCAGAUCCGGCAAGGUGUCAAGCUGAAGAAGGUGCGAACCCGGCCUGACAAGCAGUGCCAUACCAAGGGCUUCCCCCAUUCUGCCGAUGCCCUGACCCGCAGCAUUCACGAGGCUCUAAGAAGAAUCAAGGAGGCUUCACCGGAGUCAGAGUCUGAGGAUGAGGGCCUCCCAUGCACUGACUGGGAAAACUAGUUGUGGUAGUAGAAGUAUACAUAGUAGAGACACACUCACUCACCUGGAAAGUCAAACGAAACAAAAAGGUUCCUGUCCAGUGGAUGAAUUAGACUCAUGUAAGACACCUUGUCGUGGUUCGAACAUAAGUCCUUCAUUUUAUAGCAUCAGAACAGGCUGGGACAAGUUUUUCUUACAUCUGCAUCUCGCGUGACAAGAUAAAUCCUUUUACUCUGACUUCUCUGUUGAUCCACUGGCAUCGUUUCCGAGGACACAAGACUCACUUUUUACCUUUUACUAUGACGCUCUGAGACUGAGAGUUACCCUGUAGCUUGCAGCGAUGGGUUUGUUUUUAGUGUGGGGUGGUUGACACGUUCUGUUUUUACAUCCUCUCCACUGAUGGUGACCAAACCUCUAGACUCAGGUCAUGAAUGAAUGCUGUUACAGUACACAUGAAAAUACACAUAUUACUAUAUUGAACCUUAAUGUACUGUAGAUUUCAGGCAUACAAGUUCAUAAAAAGGUACACAAUAGAUACAGGACUUCAAAAUUUCCGUCAUUCUUAAUUCGGCACAUGCUCAACAAGGGGUGGAAUAUCUCACAAAUUGAAUGGUUUUGUUUACCUUGGUUUUGGGUAAUGCAUUGUUACAGUUUUAGGACCCAAGGGAAAAAUACUGGCUCUAAAUUAGUAUUUUGUGUAUUUGACAAAACUUUUGAUUAUUUUUUUUUUUUUACAUUUUUAAAUAAACACACAAACUAAUAUAUUUUAAAAGCUAUUUAUUUGACACACUUAGAGUUGUGAGACCAUUUAAAAAUUAUACCUGUGGGAUGACAUAAAAAUGUGAUUCUGAAAAAAAUCCUAUGGCCAAUACAGUUUCAUAAAUCAGUCAAUGCCAGCGUGUUAUGAUUAUAGUUUAUACUGUCUACCUCUGCAGCCAACACAUUAAAUACUCCAUACAAGGAUCAAAAAUAUACCUUUUUUUUAUCUUUGAUUCUUGCCUGACUAUAUUAACUUAAAAAUAAGUUCAGAUAGGGCGUCCGGGUAGUGCAGCGGCCUAUUCAGUCGCCUACCAACACGGGGAUCUCUGGUUCGAAUCCCCGUGCUACCUCCGGCUUGGUCGGGCGUCCCUACAGACACAAUUGGCCAUGUCUAUGGGUGGGAGGCCGGACGUGGGUAUGUGUCCUGGUUGCUGCACUAACACCUCCUCUGGUCGGUCGGAGUGCCUGUUCGAAGGGGGGGAAGGGGAAACUGGGGGGAAUACCAUGAUCCUCCCAUGUGCUACGUCCCCCUGGCAAAACUCCUCGCUGUCAGGUGAAAAGAAGUGGCUGGUGACUCCACAUGUAUCGGAGGAGGCAUGUGGUAGUCUGCAGCCCUUCCCAGAUUGGCAGGGGGGGCAGAGACCGCAACGGCUCGGAAGAGUGGUGUAAUUGGCCAGAUACAAAGGGGGAGAAAAGGGGGGGGUCAGUUAUCCUUAUGUUGUUAGUUUGCGGCGAAGAAUUUGAUACUGCCAGGUUGAGAGCGAGGAAUCUGAAAACAGGUUAUGCUCUAGAAAUGAACCUUGAGGAGCUCCUCUUUUAAUGUGUGUUGAAGAAGUUUUGUACUGUGACAGGGUUUUGUGUGAGGAGUGUGAGCUGAACCAGAUGAUGGGUGUGUUGUAGAUGCUGACCCAGAUCUUAAAGGUAGUCAGUUAAAAUUAAAUGUUCCAACGAUCCCUCAGGCAGCAGUGAGAUCUAAAGAGAAAACAAUUGACCUUUCAGCCUGAUCUACUGCUUGAAGGAUGUCGCUGCUUAGUUUAAUUACAGUACCCAAAGCGGAUUACUCUAAAAUGUUUUGACUCAUGAAAUGUAUGUCGAUUUAAGACAUAAAAUCUGCGAUAAAAUGGGACCUUAGAGGUGAAGAUAGUGUCUGGGAAUUAAGGUAUCUUGCUUAGUGAGGAGGGGUUGAGCUGCUGUUGAAUGCAAGCACACUUAAAUAGUUAAAUUGGCCUGUCGUGCUGUAACUCUACAAGUUGUCUGAUGAGUCAGAAUCCUCAACCAAUGGCAGCGUACUGAGAAGGUUUUGGGACCAGCACACGUUCAAUCAUAUAAAGACUAGUUUAAAUCUGUCGGUUGACUUUCUGGCAUCUUCCACAAUAUGACUGUGGGUAGAUUUCAUAUCAUAAAUGUUUUCCUGAUGACACUUCGCUCAUUACCGGAGCUGCUAGCUGGUUGGGAUCAACCUUUCAACUCACGGUGCCACUUUAUACAAAUGACAUGAAGCGAUCGUGCACACACCUGGUUUCUGAACGGCGGCCUGACAUGACUCGAGCUUACAAAAAUGAUAUGAGUCCACUUUCCAUUGGGGAUAACAACAGAUUCUCACACACAUUACUUUCUCCCAUGUUAUUUACAGCCUUUGAAAUGACAGUAAACCCUCUUUUAAAGUAACUUGACAAUCUAUUUUUGAAAAACAGUGUAUAACCAAGUUGUGAGACACCUGUCUCGACUGGUGUAUGACUCUUGGUUGGCUCUAAGUGGUAUUUUUUUCAUUGUUCUGUGUGCUUUAUUGUAAUUUAUACUUUGCCGUUCCUGUGGCCAAACGAGUCUCCGACCACCGGGUUUGGGUAAUCAUGCCUUCAAUGUUUACUUGGUACAUUUACAGAUGUAACACAGUUUUCUUGUAGACGUGGUCUUACUGGCUCACACGUUAAUUCCAAGUAUGAAAAGGGUCUUGGAAUAAUAUCGAAGACCCCAUGAAGUAAGUCUAUACCCUUGAACUUGGAAAGACUUUAAGUGAUGAAGUUUUGCCUGCCUUGUAGAUUUGAUGAAGAUGAGCAGGGGGUCAAACUGUGCUGACCCCUGUGAAUGCCUCUGAAGUUGAAGUCAAUUUCUCCUUAGACGUCACUAGUUCAGUAAAUUAAAUUACAUGGGUAAUCAGCUGAAGAGCUCCCAAUAACUCAUCGUGCUUGUAAAGCUGAACACAAUAUUUGCAAAAAAUGACAAAUGUGCAGUGUUGAUGUGUUGCUUCUAUGAAAAAAAACAAAACAAUCUGUAUGCUCAUCAUCCUUUUCAAGAUCACUGUGAAGUGUUUACUCUUUGUGUGCUAUAGUAAGGUAUUUCCCUACUUCAUGGGGUCUUUAACAGCUUUACAGGGUCCUGUAUGGGAGGGCCAGGCCAGCCCCCUUUUGACAUGUUGAAAUGCAUAAGUACACGUUAUUAGCAUACACAUUUCGGAAUAUAAUUGACACAAAAGUCUGGAGACGCCUGUGUACUGAAACCCACUGGCUGGGUUGCUCAGUAUGUUACUAUGUAGUCUGUUUCUCAGUUGAGGAGUCUUUCGAGCGUAUCAGCGCCCUCUGCUGGUGAAAGAAGCAAAACGCAGCUGUGCAGGCCCGAAAGCAUUGGAGGUCAUAUAUUAUUAUGGUUUUCUUACAUAAUCACAUUUUUGUGUUUGGUUUCUUUCACCUUUUUUUUUUUCUUUUUUUUUCAAAUAGUUGUUUAGACUUUCUACAGUCAUUUUAGCCAGAGUAUUUCUUUCCACAGCCUUGUUUUUUUUUCCAAGGGGGGGGGGGAGAUCAAUACAAGUCCUUUUUUAAUUUGGAAGUGCUAUGUGUAAUUCUACUUGGAUCCCGACUCUUGUCAUUGAAUUGUGUAUAAAUCGACGCCAAUAAGGGGAACGAGCUGGGGUAAAAAGGGUAGCUGAUACGCCUUUGCAGACACGUGAGUGUUUGAAUGCCCUCGGUGGACUCCAUUCACUGUGAUAGCUGCACGCUUUGCUGACAACUGCUAGUCCAAGUCUAUGGGGGGGGGGGGGGGGCAGGGUGUGAGAUGACAACAAAAACAACUCAUCCCAGGUUUUUCUUCUGUUUUGCUUUGUUUUGUUUUGCAGAAAUCUGGGGGGGGGAGUUCUUUAAUUUGUGUCAAUUGCAAGGAUUCAGCAGCUGGUGUUUGCUAGUCACACAAAGCGUCACGAAAGCUGCAGAAUUACACAUGGCACCUUUAACUGGAGGCGUUUAGUUUUUUAUAUCUCAUGUGAAUUCAAGUCAGUUGUGUGCGCGUGAGUUGUGUCAACCCUGUAGAUAUACCUAUCUCCAAUUGAAAAAAAAACAAAAACUGAAAACUUGCUCUGUUUCCUGUCCGAUAAGAAAAGUCCUCUUGCACUGAACAUCACGAAUAAGUCCGCGUGGACCUCACGACUGCUGUCGAGUCUUUCUGUUGGCCAGUCUUCGUGUUAACGUGUUUCUGCGAUAUCUCAGCAAAUGUUUACUGUUCACGUGCACUGCACGCAGCAUGCGGACGUGAUGAUUUCCGCUGCAGGGUGAUGAUUUGUUACAGCCGGUCUGAUUGUUCACGCGCAGUAACCAUAGUGACGGUCUGCAGACCUGUCAGACGACAGCAGGGUUUAACAGCUAACCAGCUGCCCGGCCACUGCUCUCUUGAUUCUCGAGUUACUUGGGCCUGUUGUGUCAGGUAUUUCUAUUAACCAAUGUUUGUGAGACAUUUAAAAAAAAAAAAAAUCCAAACCCUGAUUUAUCUUCGCUGUCUCAGUUCAACACUUGUUCGGCCUUUUGCGCGUGAGUGGCUUCAACACAACACGCCCGUCGCAGAGUGAAGUGCAAUAAUUUGUAAAGCUGAAAUUAUUCAUAUCCACUACAAUGUAAUGAAGUGUAAAUCCCGACAAUAUACCUGCAUGCUUAAAGACCUUGAUGUAUUUAUGAAGAACUUCAUAUUUUAAGAAAUUGGAUAAGAAUUUUUAAAGCAAUACCAUCAAAUGUUACUUUGUAAAAGUCUUAUUUUUGUGGCAUUUUAAAAACCUUUUCCUACCAUUACAUUCCUAUGAGCUUUUCUAUAUGCCAGCUUCAUUUUUCCAUUCAAAAUAAAGCAAAGUACC